AUGGGGCCGGUGGGGACGGCGGCCGUGCGGGAUCCCGGCGGCACCGCGCUGCCCCGCGGCUUCUGGGCGGCCGUACGCGUGUGGCUGGAGAAGCCGCAGGUGGCCAACAGGCGGCUGAGCGGCGCCGCUGUCCAGGCGGAGGGCACGGUGCCGCUCGGCGGGGAGAUAAAUACAUCCUUCGCCGCCGCGGGGGCAGUCGGGGGCGGCGGCGGGCAGGAGGGGCGAGCGGCGGGGGCCGCGGAGCUGGGCCGGCUCUGGAGGGAGGUGCGGGGCCAGCUGCCUCUGCCGCCGCCCCUCACGGCCUGGGGCGGGCCCGGCGAGCUCCGUGCCGUGCUGAGGACGCUGCUGCCCCGGGGCCGGCCCGCCGCGGCCCCGGCCCGGGAGCUGGCGGUGCAAGAUUUUUGCAAUGCAACUGUGACCUUUCUGCCCUUGGAGGAAAACAGUGAAGGAAAAUACCUGGUUAAAAAGUGCAAUAUUUAUCAAAUUCAACUUAAACACAUAAAAGAUGAGGAGUGGUCUAUAUCUGUUGUAGCUCCAUUUCCAGAAGAUUGGUUUUCAGAUGGAAUUGUGUACCCAAAACUAGCAUGGCUUGGAAAUGAACUUUUGUCCAAACUGGCUAAAUGGUCUGUGGAACAAAAGCCCAGUGAGUUUAAAAGUACACUCUCACUUGUUUCGGUAGCAAAAUACAGCAAGGUUUAUCAGGACCUCAAAGAAAAGUACAAAAAGAUGGUAAAGGUGUGGCCUGAAGUGACAGAUCCUGAGAAGUUUGUUUAUGAAGAUGUUGCCAUUGCCACUUACUUGCUGAUUCUUUGGGAAGAAGAGAGAAAAGAAAAAGGGUUAACCAAGAAACAGUCAUUUGUAGAUCUUGGAUGUGGAAAUGGUUUGCUGGUUCAUAUUCUAAACAAUGAAGGGCAUUCAGGCAGAGGAAUUGAUGUGAGGAGAAGAAAAAUAUGGGACAUGUAUGGACCAGAGACGCAUUUAGAGGAAGCUACGAUCAUUCCAGGUGACAGUCAUCUCUUUCCAGAUACUGACUGGCUCAUAGGAAACCAUUCAGAUGAGUUAACACCGUGGAUACCUGUAAUUGCAGCUAGGUCUUCCUAUUCAUGUUGCUACUUUGUGCUGCCAUGCUGCUUCUUUGAUUUCCAUGGAAAAUACAGCCGAAGACAAAGUAAGAAAACUCAGUACAGAGAAUAUCUUGAUUUUGUUGCUCAAGUGGGAUUUGUAUGUGGCUUUCAUGUGGAAGAAGAUUGCCUUAGAAUUCCGUCAACAAAAAGGGUCAGCUUUGUUGGGAAAAGCAGGACCUAUCCAGCUGGAGAACAUGCUCUGGUUGACCAGCAGAUCACACAGUUUAUUAACAGUCGUCGGACCUGUGCUGUGGCCACAUGUGACAGAAGGGUUGGAUUUAACCAUAAGGAUCACUGUGGUGGUCAGUGCAAAGCAGGCUCAGAAUCUCCUGAAGAUGAGACUGAGACAGCGGGUACAGUUUGGAUGCCUGGAUUUCAACCGAGAGAAAAAGUAGAACAAAUCAGAAAUUGUGCUUCCCUCCCUCGGGAUUUUGUAGAUGAAGUGGUUCUCAACGUGGCGAACUUGCUGUUAAAUGCAGCCCCCCAAAAAUCAUGUUCUGAUAAGCAGGGUGGAAAUAUGAAUACCUGGAAUCAAGGAGAAAGCCUUUCCUUGAGAGAAGUGGCAGAACAUUUGAAUAAAGAGACUUUAAAAAAGCUGAAAAGUGAAUAUGGAGGCCUGCAAACACUACUCAAGAACAAUCAUCAAGUAUUUGAAGUUCAAAAUGGGAGAGUUCAUAUUCGUGACUGGAGAAAAGAGAAACCACCAAGUAAAACUAAACCUGAAGUGAAACGGCGCCUUUCAGCUGAAGCAUUUAAAACACGCCUCUGUUGGUUUUACAUUCAUCAUCCUGAUGGUUGUUCUUUACCUUCUGAAGCUUGCCCAUAUGCCCAUGGGACUGAGGAGCUAAGGCAGUCUCAGACAAUUAAAAAGAAAAAGCAUAUACAGUAAUAAAAUGUUGCAACUUGUGUUUAGGCUUAUGUACGUUACAGAAUCUAUGAUUGACUUUGGUACUGCCUAGUGCAUGAACAUCUGUACAAUAUGGAGGGAUUUUCUUCAUUUCUGUGCAUGUUAUUUUGCACUUGGUUUACAAGUUCUCUUGUAUUUCUAAUUCUUUAUUUUUUUAUUAACAGGGAAUAAGUACAGUAAAGUACAUAUAUAUUUUUGGA